AUGAUAGCGCCAACAGUUCCAGUUCGUAAAAUCGCAACAGCUUCAAAAAGAAAGCAAAAGAUUCCUGAGCCUGUCAUGGCUGUUGAAGAAGAGGAAGAAGACGAUGAUGAGGAAGAGGAGGAGGAAGAAGAUGAACAAGAUGAGUCGAUUACGAGAUGUGUCUGUGGUGAAUCACAUAGUCUAGGCUUGAUGGUGUGCUGCGAUCAAUGUGAAGUAUGGCAACAUUGCGAGUGUAUGGGGCUAGAAAAAGACGAAAUCCCAGAUGAAUACUUUUGCGAACUAUGUAGGCCCUCUGACCAUAUUGAAGUCAAGAGCUAUGACAAGACGCGUAGAUAUUACAAGCCCUGUUUGCCCGUAUCUGCCGAAAUCGAAGCUGCAUCAGAUAAGCGAACAGUCAAAAGAAGAACCACAUUCAACAGUCGAGAAGCAUCUAUCUCCUUGGAGGAAGUUUUGGCUUUUAGAAAUGCUAUUGAACAAUCUAAAAAUUACGAUGCAUCUGGUAUGGAGUUUACAGCAAGCCAAGUUCAGGUUCAACAUUACGAUGCUAUGCAUACCUUGGAUGAAAAUAUUACUAUUGUACAAAACUAUGAUACACAGCAAGAGCACCAAGCAAAGCGACCCAAACGAGCAUCGCCCAAGAAAUCGACUACAGCAGAAGAACAAGUAAAACCGAACAAGAGAGAGAAGAAAACUCAACGUAGAUAUACCCCAAGAUCCGCCACUAGCAACAGCCAUUUUACAGCAUCACCAAACACAGCUACAACCUCAGCGGUGCGUCGUCAUACUAAUAAGGACUCCCGUUCUCGAACAAGCACUCCACAGCCUGAACUACAAACACCCACAUCGGCAACAAGCAAUAACCAAAUAUUCGAGCACUUCUCUCCAUUUGCUCGUGAAUCCACGCCACCUGCCAAGGUCCGACUACCAUCACAAAGAGCCACCAUUGCUGAAAUGAACAAGCGAGCAAGCCAGAUCCUUGAAUACAUUUGUUCAAUGCAAGUCGAACUAGCUACCAAGCGCAAUCGUCAUGAUGGUCAUUCCGACUCUGAAGAGGAUGAUGAAGGAGAAGUUUGUAAAAGACGUCAAUUAGUAUCUGCAAAGAUAAAUCAAGUCAUGACAAGCAAUGCAUUUGUUGGUGCAGGCGCCGAUGAUAAUACACACAAUGAGGAUAGCGGUUCUUCACCCAAGAAGAACCGUAGACCCACGCCCAUUCUCAUACCUGGUAAAUUAGAUCACUCAAGCCCUUCCUCUUCUCUCAGCAGUGCAAGUACUAUCCCAUUAGACGAUGUUGCUUACCAGCAUGAAAAGAGUGUCGCACAAGAAGCGCUGGAAAAAAGCAGUAGCUGUGCAAAAGAGCAAUCAUCUAUGGAGAUUAUGGACAAUUUGACUAGAAAAGUCAUUACCUUUCAACGGCGAUUCGGUUCUCUGGGUGGUUUCAAUAUGAAUAACAUGGACGAAGACGAUGGUCCAGUGACCAGAAGUAGUCAUCAUAGCAGAUGGUGA